UCCAGUGUAUACUAAUUUGAGUUCCCACCUUUUUCAAUAAAUUUUGAAAAAAAACUUAUCUUCACUUUCACACCUGUCAUUGUGUAUAAAUUCAUUCAAUUAUAGAAAACAACAAUUCUGAGGAUACAGCACAAAAUGAUUCGCCAAAUAUUGGUAAAAAACGAAAUCCUUGUUCAGUUGGUAGCAGCUAGGACAUUCAGCCAACCUGCUGGUGGACGACCCUCAGCUGGAAUUGCGAAACCUGCGCCCCCGGCAGCCGCACCAGGCGAUGUUCCUGGAUUAAGUAGCAAAUGUGUUCAUAGCAAGACCGGUCCUGUAGGACCUGGCGCUUCUCGCGACGGAGAGUACAAGGUGCCCGAGUACUUCUGCUACGACAAGGGCAGCUACUUCGAAGCCGAAGUUGAAAUGGAGAAAUUCAGGCUGCCACAACCCAGCUCGAAGCAGUGAAAGACAUAUAAAUGUUAGAUGUACGCAUAAGCUAGUGAAAUAAAGUGCAAAAUUUCAA